AUGUAUGGGGCCAACAGCUCCAGUCUGACACCCAGAUACCUCAUCCUCAAUGGGAUUCCUGGGCUGGAAUCUGCACACGUCUGGAUCUCUCUGCCAUUCUGCUUCAUGUACAUCAUUGCUGUUGUUGGGAACUGUGGGCUUAUCUAUCUCAUCAGCCAUGAGCAGGAUCUACACAGGCCCAUGUAUUAUUUUCUAGCUUUGCUGUCCCUUACAGAUAUCACUGGGUGCACUUCAUUUGUUCCCAAUAUGUUAUGUAUCUUUUGGUUCAGUCUUAAAAAGAUUGACUUUAAUGCCUGCCUUGUGCAGAUGUUUUUCAUCCACAUGCUAACAGGCAUGGAGUCUGGUGUGCUUAUGCUUAUGGCUCUAGACCGCUACGUGGCCAUUUGCUACCCUCUACGCUAUUCCACCAUCCUCACCAACACUGUAAUUGCCAAGGUUGGACUUGCCACCUUCAUUCGCAGUGUGUUGCUCAUGAUUCCAUUUACAUUCCUGAUCAAACGUCUUCCCUACUGCAGAGGUAACCUCAUUCACCAUACCUAUUGUGACCAUAUGUCUUUAGCCAAAUUAUCUUGUGGCAAUGUAAAGAUUAAUGCAAUCUAUGGUCUCAUUGCUGCCAUACUGAUUGGAGGGUUUGACAUGUUCUGUAUCUCCAUGUCUUACACCAUGAUUAUCCGUGCGAAUUUGUCAUCUACAGAUGCUCGUCAUAAAGCCUUCAGUACCUGUACAUCACACAUAUGUGCUAUUGUUAUCACCUAUGUCCCAGCCUUCUUUAACUUCUUCACCCACCGUUUUGGGGGACGCACCAUACCUCACCAUGUUCACAUUUUUAUAGCCAACCUCUACCUGUUGCUUCCUCCCACCUUAAAUCCAAUUGUCUAUGGAGUGAAGACCAAGCAGAUCCGUGAAGGAGUGAUAAGAUUGUUUUUUAGAGAAAAGGAUAUUUUGAGUGUAAGAUAA